AUAUAGUAAUUUGCUUGGCGCCUUUCUGUCCACGCCACGAAUCCCUUCUCUCGUUAAUUCUCCACGGAAAUUGCUAUGGCAACUCACAAUUUCCCAUAAGGUCGUGAUAUAUGUUGAAGUCUCAAGUUUUAUAUUCGUUUUAGAGAACCCAAUUCAUCUUUCUCUUCGAUUUCAUUCUGAUCAACGAUUCAGCGUACAACAACCGCCUCAGUUUCUUUCUCAUUCAUUCAAAUUCGUCGACUCAUCUUCCCAUUAAUUUGGGGCCUCCAACUACCAAGAAGUCAUACGUAAGACGCAUUCUUUUUUGAAAAUUUGUAUUACCCACAAUCUACAAUAUCGCGAGGAACGAAUUUACUUCCGUGUUCUUCAACCCCAGUUGCAGACAGGAAGAUAUGGUGGGCUUGAAGCCGAAUUUACCCUCUUGGACGAGUUUCUCAUCGACCCGGGUUGAUUUUGAGACAAAUGUUUCUUCUGCAUCGGAUUCCAUCUUCAGAGACGGCGAAGAAGGACCAUCGGAGCAGCCUCGCCGCUUAUCUGAUGCCAAUUUGAGCUUUGGAGAAAGAUCCCUUUCCGCCGCUGGAGCCGCCUUUCUUUCUGCCAUUCUCGUUAAUCCCCUUGACGUUGCCAAGACAAGGUUGCAAGCACAAGCUGCUGGAGUCCCAUAUCAAGGGCAAUGCCGGAUGACAAGUUUAGAAACGAAUACGGUGAUUCCUAAUUUGAGAUGUUCAUCGGUAUCCAGCUCACGUUCUCUUCUUGGCCUUGAACCUAAUUGUUCUCCAGAAUGUAACCGGUACACGGGAACAUUUGAUGUGUUCAACAAGGUUAUUCGUCAGGAAGGUUUUCGGAGGUUGUGGCGAGGCACAUAUGCAAGCUUAACUCUGGCUGUGCCAACCGUUGGGAUCUACAUGCCUUGUUACGAUAUCUUCCGCAAUUUGAUGGAAGAUUUUACCACCAAGAAUGCUCCGAGUUUGACUCCAUAUGUUCCAUUAGUUGCAGGAUCAACUGCCCGCUCAUUAGCAGUUGUAUCGUUAUACCCUAUUGAACUUGCACGGACCCGAAUGCAGGCAUUUAGAGAAAAACAAACUGGCACUAAGCCUCCAGGAGUGUGGAAGACGCUGGUUGAGGUUGUCAACCCUACUAGGGGCAAUCGCAUUCAAGAUUUACAGAACUAUCGUCUCUUAUGGACUGGCCUUGGCGCUCAAAUUGCUAGAGAUGUUCCGUUCUCUGCCAUCUGCUGGACAACACUUGAGCCUUUAAGGAGGAAAAUUCUAGGCCUAGUUGGGGAGGAAGCCAAUGCAGCAAGUGUGCUUGGUGCAAAUUUCUCGGCUGGCUUUAUUGCUGGAAGUCUUGCAGCUGCUGCAACAUGUCCGCUGGAUGUCGCUAAAACACGAAGGCAAAUCGAGAGAGAUCCUGAAAGGGCAUUAAACAUGACUACAAGAACAACUCUGGCCGAAAUUUGGAGGGAUGGGCGAAUCAAAGGAAUGUUUACAGGAGUUGGUCCUCGUGUUGGUCGUGCCGGUCCAUCUGUGGGGAUAGUCGUCUCGUUCUACGAAGUUAUAAAGUAUGCAUUGUAUCACAGACACCCAAAAGAAAGAAUGAGUGAAUAGAGAGGAAGGCCCUUGGUAUGUUCCUAUGUAAUCUCAAGAAAUCUCCUUUCCACAGAUUCUUUAGGCCGAAGACCUUUGGAUGCUUAUAGACAGCAACUUCUAAAGAAAUAAAAUUCUCCUAUGGGACCUCGAGUCUCUGUCUUUUUUUUCCCCUUUAUUUCAAUACCAAUCUCAAUCUUUAUACUGUCCAAUUUUUCCACAAAACAAUUUGUUCCAUCAAAAUUUUAGAUGUACAUGAACUUCGAAUAGAACGAGAAGAUCCUUUAUACUAAUAAUCUAAGUAGCUCUAUCAGUUUUCACUAGAA